GACAUUGCAAGGAUCUGACAUCAAAGGGAAGGUCAAAAAGCGACGUCUGCUUGCAAAUACCUUGCACUGGCAUACUGGAAAAUACUGUGUCGGAAACUACGUCCUUUUCCUGCCGUGAAUCAUACAAAACCCGCCGACUUUAUUCUCUGGCCACGAUAGGAUAUACACUCUAGAUACGAUUGCGUCAGCUUGCACUAGCGGCCGCAAGCUAGGCUUGAUGCCUUGGCCAUCUGCCUAAAACCGCAGCCUUCGCCCCGUGAUUUUUCUAGCAAAAUAUCCGCUCGAUAGGCUCGGGGAUGGAAGCAGUCUUGAUCUCCAUGAGCCGUGCAAGACACCGAUCCCGAAAAUCAAGAAACCCCUUGUCAAGCAUUUGCUUGCGUUUCAUCAAGGAUUUGGCCUUGUCAAGCCCCUGUUGCACCUGUCUAGACUUCCACUCCGCCGCACUGGUCACAGUAGCCGCAACAAUCCGGUUUUUUUUCAAGUUGCGCCCUACAAAUCCAUCAACAGCCUCGGCUGUCUCCCCCAUGACAUUUGCAAGAGGACUGGGGUUGAGCAACUGCGCAAUAUUUGCGGUAGUUCCGUUUAUUCCGUUGCGGAAAGUAUCUACCGAACGGUGGCUAGGGAUCUGGACUACAGCCCUAGAAAGCUGGCCGAGUCUUCCCCGGGCACGAGCCAAUAAGUUUCUCAUCAGCAGGAUUGUUUUAAUUGCUUUUCAGUCUCCCAAGCGAAAUUCCGAAGCAAAGUAUGGCGAAGAAGAGCCGUCAGAAAGAAUCUUUGUGGCCCAGAAAUGGAUGCGAAAAAGCGCACCAGACACGGCAUGGCCAGAUCCGGUGAGGCCCAUAGGAUGUUUUACUGUCAUGGACUACUUGAUUAUUUAGAAGCUUUCGAAAAAUUUAAAAAUGAUUGUAACAUGAGUAGCCAGGGCCGAAAGGACCUUUGCAAUUUCGAUAUUCAUGGGGUCAUUGCAUAGAUAUUUGGGCAACUCCUCACCGAUGUCAUCAGGCUUGCAUUGUUUAAAGUUAUGAAAAACCAAGACAAUAAACCAGA